AUGGUCGCUCGCAACCGCAGUCAGCGCAAGCUGAACACCUUCACAACGCUGUUCUUUGCUGCAACAGCCAUGUCAACAGCCAUCCGAAUUCCGACCUCAAGUGGUGCAAAAUACCCGCGAAUGACAUCGCGGUCAACAGAGAUGGACUCAGCACCAUACCGAGAUGCUUCUCUAUCGGUAGAUGAGCGUGUGGAGGAUCUCAUCCAACGCAUGAACAUGGAAGAAAAGGCCGGACAGCUCUUCCAGCAGAUCAGCUUCCCAGGACCUAACGGAACCCUAUCGAACACAACUGCGCCGUCAAUCCAAGGAAAGCACAUGACACAUUUCAACCUCAACGGUGCCAUCACCGAUGUACGCCAAUCUGCGCGGUGGCACAACAGUCUUCAGCAGCUGGCUUUGGACACCAGACUCGGCAUACCGAUUACGCUUUCUUCGGAUCCCAGGCACACUUUCGUUGAUGCCACCGGCAGCCAGAUCGCGGCAGUCAAGUUCUCGCAGUGGCCCGGAAGCCUGGGAUUGGCAGCACUACGUGACGCUGAGCUCAUCCACACCUUUGCGGAUAUUGCACGACAAGAAUAUAAGGCUGUCGGAAUCAGAUCCGCCCUACACCCUCAGAUUGACGUCGCCACCGAACCGAGAUGGGCCAGAAUCACCACGACAAUGGGCGAGAACGCCACAUUGACCGCUGAGCUUGUGGUCGCAUACAUCAAGGGCUUCCAUGGCCCCGGUGAGUUCGGACAAGAUUCCGUGACCACCGUGUCGAAGCAUUUCCCCGGAAGUGGACCAGUCGAAGACGGUGAGGACAGCCACUUCACCUACGGCAAGAAUGCCACAUACCCAGGAAACAACUUCGAGCAUCAUCUUAUCCCCUUCAAGGCUGCUAUCGCAGCUGGCGCAAGGCAGAUGAUGCCCUACUACUCCAGGCCUAUGGGCACCAAGUACGAGGAGGUCGCCGCUGGCAUGAACAAGGGCAUUGUCACCGACCUUCUCCGGGGCGAGCUCGGUUUCGACGGAAUCGUCGUCAGCGACUGGGGUCUCAUCACCGACGGCAUCAUCGCAGGACAAGACAUGCCAGCUCGUGCUUGGGGUGCUGAGAACCUGACUGAGCUUGAGCGUGCCGAGAAGAUCUUGAAUGCCGGUACCGACCAGAUGGGCGGCGAGGAGCGCACUGACCUCGUUCUCGAGUUGGUAGAGAAGAGCAUCGUGAGCGAAGAGCGUAUUGACAUGUCGGUCCGCCGUCUCCUCCGCGAAAAGUUCAUCCUCGGCCUCUUCGACAACCCCUUCGUAGAUCCCGAGGAAGCCGUGGCCAACGUGGCCAGGAAAGAAUGGGUCGAAGCCGGAUACGAGGCUCAGAAGAAGUCGAUUACACUGCUUACCAACAAGGAAUCGACUCUCCCACUCAAGGCUUCCGACUGCUCCAAAGCCAAGUUCUACGUCGAAGGUAUCAACAGCACCUACCUAGAGGCCCGCGACCUGGCUGUCGUCGCAACCCCCGAAGAAGCCGACUACGCCUUCCUCCGUAUGGCCGCCCCCUACGAGCCCCGCCCAGGUGGUUUCGAGAAGAACUACCACUCUGGCUCUCUCGAGUACAACAGCACUGAGAAGGCGCGCCAAGCAGCCAUCUACGCUGCCGUCCCCACCAUUGUUGAUAUCUUCCUUGACCGCCCUGCUGCUGUGCCCGAGAUUGCCGAGCAAGCCCAAGCCCUCAUGGUCAACUACGGGACUAGCCCUCAAGCCUUCCUCGAUGUUAUCUUCGGCGUUGACGGUAGCGGUCCGGAGGGUAAGCUGCCGUUUGAUCUCCCGAGGAGCGACGAGGCGGUUGAGGCGAGCAAGGAGGACGUGCCGUUCGAUACCGAGAACCCUGUCUUCAAGUUCGGACACGGUUUGAGGUAUGAAUAG